AUGUCUGAUUCUGGAAGAGAAGAAACUCCAUCAUUAAUUGGUGGAAGUGUCAUAUCAGGUCAAGAUCAAGAAUCCACACCAAUCUCAUCAUCAAGAUCCCCAUCAAAAUCUAAUGUUAAGAAGGAAAACUCUCAUAACAAGGACUAUACUUCUGUUAGUGAGUUAAAUGAUGAAGGGGUAUUGCUUCAAGACGAUAAAGAGUAUGACGAUCUGCUUGAUGAAACUGGAAAAUUGAAACCUUCCGUAUCACAGACCUCUACACCAACUACUGAAAAGCCAAAGAAGAAGACUAAAGCAAAACGUAAACCUCCUGCUGCUGAACCAAAAGAGUCUACUGGUGAAAGACCUCAAGAUGCUGAAAUUUCCUUAGAAGAUUUAAUUGACUCCCAAAUUGCAUCAAUUUCAGAAUUAUCAAUUGAUUUUCAAAAAAGAAUUAGUGAUAAGAAAUCAAAACCAAGAGCUUUAAAUUCCUCAAGAUCGAGAUCAAAUAAAAGGAACUCAAAAGUUCCUGAAUCAGUUAUUGAAAAUGAUUCAUUGCAUCAAGUUCCAGCAGGUGCUCCAGAAGGUUCAGAUUCACCAUUGAUUCAAUCAAGAUCAACUUCAACUGCUCCUAAAGAAAAGAAAAAAUCUACCAAAACUUCAGCAGAAAGACCAAAUCUUGCCGGAGGUGAAUCAUAUAAAGGUAUUAGUUCAGAAUAUAGACCUGGUAGAAAAGCAGCUCGUGAUGAUAAAGAAGAUGUCUCCUCACCAUUAGCUCAUACUUCUGAAGAUUAUUUACGCUCAGUUUCAACAUCAAGAUCAAGAGUUGCAGAUCAUCAACCAGAUAACAAUGAAUUAUAUGAUGAGGGUGCCUUACUUCAUGAUCCUGAACAUAAACAUGAAUUAGAUGUUGCUCGUGAUGAUGCCAUUGAUAAACUUACUGAGAAGCCAACGAAGGCCACAGCUGUCACUGAUGUCACUAAAGAUGAUGUUCAAGAACAAAAGGAAGAACCUAAAUUACCAGUCAGUAAAGAUAAAAAGAAUGUUGAUGAUGCUAAAGAGAGGUUAAGAAAACUUUCACAAAAUAUGCAAAAUAAAUCUAGAAAAUCAAGUGGUAAAGGUCCUGUAUCUGGUUCAAGUGAAGGUUCUAAGAAAGCAACUGAACCUGUGCAAGAUCCAAAAUCUACUGAAUCAAAUAAGAAACCAACAGAUUCUGUUGAAGAUGUCGAACCAGAAAUUAAAUCUAUUGUCAAAGAUGAAAAAGUUGAUGCUGAUGCUGAUGAAGAUUAUGAUUUUGAUGAUUCUGUCGUUAUUGUUGAUGAAAGAACUAUCCCUAGUCAAAAGUCACUUGAAGAUUUGUCCAAAACAUCUGCAAAGCCAAAAUCGAAAUCAAAAUCAAAAGCUAAAUCUAAAUCUAAUUCUAAAUCUGAAAAUGCUGAACCUAAAGAUAGUCAUAAAACUAGUACCGCAGAAGCAGAAAGUGAUAAAGAAGUUAAACAAAGUGUUGAAGCUAAAGAUACUAUCGAUGAGACUGCUGAAAAGGAUAUCAAAGUAGAAGAGCCAGUCGUUUCAAAAGAUGAGGAUUUAUUAGAAGCGAAAACUGAACCUGAACAAUCAAGUAAUGAAAGUGUUACUGAUCCAGCAAUUGUUCCAGAGAUUGAGGAUUUGAAAAUAGAAGAUGUCAAAUCCAAAGAUCACAAAGCUACUUCAGACUUUGAAAAGGAUGAUGAAUCAAAAGUUUCUAAAGAUCUAAAUACCGAAAAGCAUCAAAAAGAUACCAAACCAGUUGAGGUUGAAGAAAAGGAUUUGGCCAGUGAAAAAUCAACAACUGAGAAAGAACCAUCUUCUGAUGUUGAUUCCACCUCAAAGGCAUCAGCUAGUACUGAAAAACAAGAAUUAACCAACGAAUCACCUGUUGAAAAGAAAACAUCUGAAUCUGAAUCAUCUCCAUCAUCUAAAGAUGUGAAGAAAGAAGAUUCAAAAUCCAAAACUGAAGAAUCAAAGACGGUUGAAACACAAACUGGUGAUGAAACUGAAGUUCCUAAAGAUGUUGCUACUGUUGCCGAUGUCAAACCUGUUGAAAAACACUCUGAUGUAUCUCAAAACGAUAAAGACUCUGAACCAUCUGAGUUAAUCAAGAAUGAUGUUGUUGAAAAAGAAGCUGAAGAAGCCAAAAAGGAUGAUGUCAAAGCCGCUGAUAUUAAAACUCCAGAAUCUAUUGAUAAUGAAACAACUUUAGAUCAACAGCUAGAAACUGUUGAAGCUUUGGAUGCAAACAUUAAUAAGACUGCUAAAGCUGAAGAUGCUGAAGGGUUGAAAGCUACAAAAGAGAUCGAAGAUAAUGAUGGCUCAGAUGAGGCUCAAGGUCCUAGUGUGACAGAAUCUGUAAAAGAAGAAGCUACUAAAGGUGGUGAUAAUGAAACCAUUGAAACUGCUUCUGCUGAAAAGUCAUUAUCAAAAGAUGACAGUGAAUCAGUGAAAGAUGAUCCAGAAGUCAAAUCCAAAGUUGAAUCAGAAUCAGAAACUUUGUCGAAGGAUGCUCCAGGUAAAAUUCAAAAAGAAUCUACUGCUAAAGAGGAAAUUGAACAAGAGCUCAAAGAUAUUACCAAAGAUACCAAAGCAACUCUUCCAGAUGUCUCUACUUCAAAAGAAGCUGAUUCAGAAGAUACAAAUCUUACUGGCGACACUGAUAAUACUGGUGUUUCAUCUAAAGAAAAAGCUUUAAAGGAUUCAAAUACAACAUUAGAAAUCAAGGAUAAAAAAACUGAAAAGAAUGAUAAUAAGGAUGAAGAAAAGGAUGAAGUUGAAGAUAAUGCUCCUAAAUCUGAAACCACAAAGGAAUCAGAUGAUAACAAACCUGCUGACGAAGUUCAUGAUGAUGACGACGAUAAAGCUGAUGAAUCUCAUGAAGCUGAUGUAUCAGCUAUUGAAAGUAUUUCAAGAGGUGUCAAAGAUUUAAAUCUAGAACCAAAAUUUAAAGAAACUGAAGAUGAUAUCAAAGUUAAGGAUCAAAAAUCUGAACCAGAAUCUUUGAAUGUUACAGCUGAAGAGAAUUCCGAAUCAAUAAAAGAACCUGAGGUUCCAAAAGUUGCUGAUCCAGCUUCUGAAGCUGAAAGAUUAAUCAAAGAACUUGAAGAUGCUAUUGAAGGUGAUAUUUCUACCGACUCUAUUAUCAAAGAUGAACCAGAAUCUUCAACUAAUGUGGAAAAAGAUGUUGAAAAAGUAUCUAAAGAUAUUAUUCCAGAAUCUAAACAAGAAUCUGAUGUCAAGGCUAAAGAUCUUGGUCAUAUUAUUGAAAAUGAUAAAGCUACAUCUGAAGUUAAUGUUAUCCAAGAUGAUCCCCCAAAAGAAGUUAAACCAGAUACCCCAAUAACAAAAGAAGUUGAACCUGAAACUCCAAAAAUUGAAACCAAACCAGAAGUUCCUUCUGAUGAUAUUGAUAUUGACCAUGAACCAACAAAAGAAGAAAUCAUGGAAUUAUUAAAAGAUGAACCUGUAUAUUUAUACACUUCAUUAGCCGGUGGUGGGUUCCAUAUGCCACAUAGAACAAAUAGAUUAGCCACAAUCCUUACAGGUAAUCAAAUACCAUUCACAUAUAGAGAUUUAGGUACAGAUGAAGAAGCCAGAAAUGUUUGGCGUCGUUAUAGUAGAGGUCGUUUAUUACCUGCUGUUGUUAGAGGUAAAGAUGAUAUUAUUGGGAAUUUCCAAGAGAUUGAUGAAGCAAAUGAGGAAUAUAGAGUUAGAGAACUUAUUUAUGAAACAUUAUAG